CUAAAAAAAGAAAAGAAGAAAAACCGGUCGAUCCGUAACCACGCCACCGAGAUAUUUCUUAUAGAAAUUCCCUUGCUCGAUGAUGCCGCGCUCAUGGCAUCGUCGUCCUCGUCCUCCUCUUCCUCGCUCCCACCACUACCUCCUCCUCUCUCCUUCGUCUCCUCCAUCCCUGAAGUGAGCUCCGGGACGAGCUCUUCGGAGCCCUUAUGCUCCGAUCGCCGCGCCCCGCGGCCGUAGGAGGAAGCGGAGGAGGCCGCCCAUGGCGAGCUCCGACGAUCGAUCGGCGCUCGCCCGAUCCCUUACCUCGCGCUACUCGGAGUGGAUCGCCGAGGCCCUCGACGAGCUCCCGGAGUGCUUCCUGAUCACCGAUCCCGCGAUCCCCGGCCACCCCAUCGUCUUCGCGAGCCGAGGGUUCCUCGCCAUGUCGGGGUACGCCAUGGACGAGGUCCUCGGCCGCAACGGUCGCAUCUUCCAGGGCCCCGCCACGGAUCGACGGUCCGUGAUGGAGAUCCGCGAGGCGGUGCGGGAGGAGCGGACGGUCCAGAUCAGCCUCCUCAACUACCGCAGGGACGGGACCCCGCAUUGGAUCCUGUUCCACAUGUGCCCUGUGUUCGAGGCGGCGGGGAGCGGGCGCGUGGCCCACUUUUUGGCGGUCCAGGUGCCGGUCCCUCCGCGGUCUAGGGCGAGGUCGAGGUCGAGGUCGAGGUCGAGGUGGUGCGGGGGAGCGACGGGGAUGAUGUUGAGAGCGUGUCGGAAUGAGCUGCUAAUGGAUGAGGGUCUUGGGUGUAGUCGUGCAGAGGAGUCGUUUGUCGAAAUGCCUAGCGGAGGGGUGGAGGCUGAAGAGCCACCGGUAGCCACUGAUUGUGAGAAAGAGAAAGCGGUGAAUGCCGCGAAUAGCAUCGUAUCCACAUUGAAUCGUUAUAGCAAGAUUACCGGUCGGGUGGUCUGCGGGAAGAGAUGCUGUCCUGUUGGCGUUCCAUUGCUCAGUUCGUCCUUAAUUAUCUCUCUCGGUAGAAUCAAACAAAACUUUGUAUUGACUGACCCUCAUUUACCUGACAUGCCUAUCGUCUAUGCAAGUGACGCAUUUCUAACUUUAACAGGUUAUUCAAGAGAUGAAGUUUUGGGACGUAAUUGUAGAUUUUUGAACGGACCAGGGACUAGCUUGGAAGUUUUAAAGGAGAUAAAGGAUAGUAUCUGUGCCGGGCAAGCCUGUUCAGUGCGUCUAUUAAAUUACAGGAAAGAUGCAAGCUCCUUCUGGAAUCUUCUCCACAUAUCACCUAUACGAGAUGCAUCUGGCAAGAUUGCGUUCUAUGUCGGGGUUCAGUUAGAGGAGGGUUUGAAGUGCAGCUACAACGGGCUGAGCCCGGAGAUGUGGCAGCUCGGCGCAGUAGGUGCAGUUAAGGUGGCAGUGCGGGGCUCGUCUUUGUCCGCUGGCCCGUCGAGGCCUUCAUCAUAGGACCCCUUAGAUUCCACGGAACUCCUUGGAGGUAUUCAACUGUGUGUUUUGUUUUCGCUUUUCCCUUAAGACCUUUAGGUUUUUUUGGUUUCUCUUUAUUGUCUCACAGCAAUUGUAAUCUGUACCAUAUCAAAUAACAGUUGGUCAGUGUGAGCGUCAUACCCAGCAAUUCACAGUUGCUUCAGUAGGAAUCUAAAUUAACAGUAUGAUGUGUACAGAGCACAGCGAUCAAGAUCAAUGGAAACAAGAUCUCCCAAAUA